AUGGAGCGCGACUUGUUCGAGCCAGAGCCCCAUUCCGAUGCCGAGCACGAGUCAGAACCCGAGCCGGAACUGCAGGACGAGCUUCCCCAGCCUCAAUCCCAGCCACAGAUUCAAAGACAAGAAGUGAAACAACCACAGCAGCAGGAAGAUUCCCAGAACAACUCUCAAAUGCACCAACCAGCUGUUGAGGAUGAGCCGGAGCUCGGCGAAUACAGUGAAUUUGGACCGCCUGUCGACAUGUCUACCCCGUCGCAUCUGCUGCGUCGGGCCGGCGGACUCGGGAAAGAUAUAACCCAUCUUGAGAAUAUUGAAGAAGACCCGGAUGACGAGAUAGAAGCGACUACGACUACACCCUCCGUUCGUAAGCACAAGCGCACAUCUAGUAAGAACGAGAAGGACGUGACCGAGGAUCUGCGCCGGCAGAUUGCGGAGCUCAAGGAUGCGCUGCGCGAACGCGAUGAACAACUUGAAAGGAACCACAGGCGUGUCUUGGAGGCGGCUUCUGCGGGAGAGCAAAUCAAGCACCUACAAGGGGAGCUGCAGAGAAAGUCGGAGCUGCUCGAGGAACUUUACGCUAAACGCAGUGACGAGACACUCCUGCAGUCCUUCCUCCAGAAGUCUACCAUGAACGCGUCCGAGCUGGGUACUCUUCAAAAGCAGAUGAGCGACAUGCAGAAGGAGCUGCAGAAUCGAGGCUCACACUCCGAUAUUGACACAGAGCGACUAGAAACAAUCGCCUAUCUGCGUCAGCAAGUGGACUUGGCUCAGGAGCAAUUGCGAAAGCGCGAUGCGACCUUGGACGAGACAAUGGCCAAGCUGAAGGAGGUCACGACCGCCAAGGAGCAGCAACUUCGGGAGAAGAAUAGCGAAAUCGAUGGCCUCAAAGCCCAGGUCAGUGACCAUCUGCUAGAGGUCGAGAAGCUGGAGGGGGAGCUUGACCGUGCCAACCAGGCAUACGAGACUCUCGAGGAAAGAAUCGCCUCUCUGGAAACCAAGAACCGCCCAUUAGAAGAGAAGAACAGCACGCUGGAAGCCGACUUGACCCGCGCGCAAUCGCAAGUCACUGCGCAAGAAAAUGCCCUCAAGGCCAUGGCAGCGGAUCUCCCGCUCGAGACGGGCAACACCUACACUGAGAUCCUCGAAUUGAUCAAAGACCUCGGCCAGCCCAGCAUCCGACGCACGCCAGACCCCUUCGCCAAGGACAAAGUCCCUCAGGACCAAGAUACAUCCCAAGACUUCGAACUCAAACACUUUCAUGAAGAAUUAUUAAAGCUCCAAACCGAACUAGCCGAAGCUACCUCGGCGAAAACAACCCUCGAGCUACAACUGACCCGCUCGCAAGACCAAGCCACAGAAGCACAAACCCUCAUCCACUCCAUUGAAACCGAAAACACGCGCCUAACCAAACGCGCCGACGAGCUCAAAUCCUCCCUCGACAGAGCCCAACAAGAGCUAUCCCAAGCCAACGAAGAACGCACGCGUGCUCUGGAAACCAUCACUCGUCUCAAGAAGGAACAAGAGGACAUCCAAAAGGCCGCCCAACAGCAGCAGCAGCAGCAACAACAACAACAGCAGCAACCCAGCCCACCUCCAUCCCCUCCAACAAACACCCACCACCAACACCAAUCUACAUCCACAUCCACAACCCAGAUUCAGACUCUUGAGAGCGAACUCACCACCCUCCGCGCCACCAACACCAACCUCCAAACCCUCCUCAACAGCAGCUCCAACCGUGAAACCAAGCUAAAAGCCCACAUCCUCACCCUCCGCGACCGGCAUCAAACGGAACUCCGCGCGCAGAAAACCAAAAUCGAGCACCUUGAAUCCAUCAUCGCCACGAAGGACGAAACCGCCGCUGCAGUCGACGAACGCAUCGCGCGGUCCGUCGAGAAGCGCGAAAAGGAGUGGCAGCGGCGCGUGGAUCUCCUACUGAAGGAGCGUGAGAGGAUGAGUCGUGCUUUGAUGUGGUCGUGGGGUGAGAAGGAGAUGGGCAGUAUCAAGGAGAGGGACAAUAAGGAGAAUGCAAAUGUAGAUGAGAAGGGAAGAAAGAGGCAGGCGUAUCGGUAUAAGUUUGCCAAUGGGGUGGAUGGGGAGAUGAAGUCGAAGUCGCAGUCUCGAUCGGGGUCGAAGAGGGCUUGA